AUGUUCUCCAACGACUCUGAGGCUUUGGGGUAUAUCGCCUGGUGGGGUUUGAGUCCUGCCAUAAAUUUAUUGAAUAAUUACUUAUGUGAAUGCGACACAAGUAACUCUCCUUACUGUUUUCGAUCAUCAGUUAAUGUUUUUUGCUUUGGUAUGGGAGAUGCUCGCCACAUAAUAAAAACUGUUUCCCAAUCUAUAAACAGCAAGCAUUUAUACAAACAGUUUGAUAUGUUCGAAAGGAAUAUUGAAUUGGUUGCUCGGCAAAUCUUGCAAUUAUAUACUGUUGGAAUUCCAAAUAAAGAUAUGGGACUUCAAGCAAUAUACCUUAUUAAAGACAAAACUGAUAUUUUUCUUGAAUUAUACGGGAAUACGCUUAUACGCGAGACGACUGAAACUUGGUUGGAUGGCAUUGCGACCCAUUUUAUCAAUACAAUCACUGACACGGGCGUCUUUUAUGAAACAUUUCCUAAAAUAUCGGUGAAUAAAUUAAAAUCCAAGGAGCGUGAUCAUCUGGAGUGCGUGUUUAAGUCGUGGCGACGGAAAAAUCUUCCCAAAUUCGAUAUUUCCACUUAUUGGAACUCGAGAGUUCGACAGCAUCUUGGGGUACGUUACGAUGCUAUUCCAAAUGUCUUUGAUUGGGACUGUUCCAUUGUCCUUCGAGAUCGAGGUGUCAAAACAAUUGACAGCCGUGAGUACAGCCGAUGGCGUAGUACAGGGGUUGCCUUUACUCCCCGCCAAGCCAGUUACCUUUCUCCCAAUAGAAGUCUUGCCUCACCUCGCUACUUUUCACACAGUCAGUGUUCCGGUGAUCUGGGCGGAUCAACACUAAUAGGCUACUGGGGCGAUAUUGUCUGCUCGCCAUUCCUGGCCUUUGGUACCUUCACAGAGCGCAGCCCAGAGUUGUCAAAGACUCUUCCUGGCGGACGAAUAAUCUACGGGGCCUCAGUACUAUCUGAAUUGAAUUUACGAUGUUUUAUGUGGGAGUUGGAGCAUGGUAGAAAAGCUCCACCAACAAUUGCUUCGACGGAAUUUGGAGUGGAAAAUGAAGGUGAAAAGACUGUUGAUGGUGGCGAUGAAAACUCAUCAGGCGCAGACGAUGCUCCAGAGGCGAAGAAAGAAGACAGUUUGAAACGUGGAGAAGACGCUGGAGCUGAGCCGAAAACGCACCACCCCUUCCGUAAGUGCUGCUUUCGUUCUCAUCAGUUUAGUUUAGGUUUAUUUGAGGGGUUGUUAAACUGUUGCUUUUUUUCACAAAUACCAGUUGAAGACAUUUGA